AGUUGUAAAGUUGAUAUUUUCUUAAUAAAUUUCAAAUUGAGUAAUCUAAAUUUUGCUGUAACUAUCCUAUGAUGUUCUCAUCUACCAUUUUUUCCGUUCAUUUUAUUAAUGUAUAGAAAACUAAAAUUUUUUAUGUACUUCUAUCUUAAAAGUUUGGAGAACUCAUUUUUUUUAUUAAUGUAAGAAAAAUACAGAAUAACAUUUUAUAAAAGACUAGAUAUAUUAUUUGUAAGAUAUUUAUCGGGGACGCGUUAUAAAAAUUAGUAAUAGAAGAAUAGAUACUUAUGUGCAAUUGCACCUAUUAUUGCUACAUUCCUGGUUGCAUUUUACCUGCUAUUGGAUGCUAACCGUUCCAUGGUGGAUGUAUCUGUGUAUACACCGCACACGUAUAUUAUACAAGCUCUCGGCGCAGGUAUCCAAUAGCGGGGAUAACCGAACAUGACCGAAUACUAGCGAACAUUGCCGAUGCAAAAUAGCCGACAAUUGACUGAGCGUCGAGGGGUCGGACAGAAAAGAGACAAGCCAUUCCUUCGGGUGUACAGCUUCCCCUUUCUCAACUUCAUCAUGGAAUUAAUGUAUCAUUGAUUUUUAUAAACUAUGAACAAUUAUUUCGAAAGGGCUGUGAAUUCUUAGAACAUAAAGAAUUACCUUCACAAUAUAUUGCAAAAAAGUAUAGAAACAAUUAGUACCACAUUUGUCUGAUUUGACAAAUAUCAAUGGACGGUCCAGGUACGAUCACGUGGGACGAAUUUCUCGAGAAUGCUGAAAGGUUCGUAGAAAUGUCGAGUGAAAUCUCUGAUCGAUGGGAACUUCGAGGUAAUAAGAAUGUGCCAGGAGAGGCAUACAUUGUCCGCCAAGAGAGACAAUACAUAUGCAGUAAUAGUAACUUAAAUGAUUAUUCGACACCAAAAGAUAACGACUCCGUCGAUGAUUUCGACUUUGUAUUGAAACAAGACCCUUUUGAGGCCACUUGUCCUAUGGAGAAACCAUUAGUUACAGAACAUCAUGUGUUAUGGUCCAUGAGCUACAGCGUCCCGACACUUUAUUUUAAUGGAUGGAAAUCAGAUUUCCCAGGUAUUAAUCCAAUAUCCGUGGAAGAGGCACAAACCCUCGUUCGUAACGGAGAAUUGAAAUACAAGGAUUUAUCUCAAGCUAUACAUCCUAUAUUAGGUACACCUUUUCUACACUUGCAUCCUUGUAUGUCUCAUGAGCUUUUACAAAUUACAAGUAACAGUAAAAACAAGAUAGUCAGUUGGUUGAGUACCGUCGCUCCUGCUGCCCUUAAUUUUAAACUACGUCCUGAAUAUUGUCAGUUAACUAUGUAAUGUAUAUACACUUUAAAAUAUUCGAAUUAAACUGUAAUAUGUCCUAUUGCUUUAAGAAAGUACACGUAUACACACGUGUAUCAAAUAAAAGUAAAUUAAAAU